GGGAUGGUAGGGCGGUUCAACCGACCGCCCGAGUUCACGGCAAAACCACCCCGAUACUAGUUUGUGUCCGACUACGGAGCGUGAAUGAUGCUCCCGGUGCGCGUUAAAGGUGGGAAUCCACCGCUUACGUUUACGAAGAGUUUACGCAAGAAAUUUAAGUUCAACACAGUUUGGAUGAUGAGUGUUGGAGUUUUACUGGUUACCGUGUUCAUCGUGCCUGGAAUUUCAGCGGCUGCCAGCGAGAAAAUACCAAUAGGGGCGAUGUUCGAGCAAGGGACGGAAGAAGUGCAGUCGGCAUUCAGAUACGCCAUUGCAGUCCACAAUCAGAACAACGUGUCGAGGAAAUUUGAUCUCCAGGCAUGGGUUGAUGUUAUCAACACCGCAGAUGCUUUUAAGCUGUCCCGACUCAUUUGUCGUCAAUUCAGCCGGGGCGUGUUUUCGAUGCUGGGCGCUGUCAGUCCCGACUCGUUCGACACUCUGCAUUCUUACAGCAACACUUUUCAGAUGCCUUUCGUCACACCUUGGUUUCCUGAAAAGGUACUGACGCCGUCCUCGGGUUUCCUCGACUUCGCCAUAAGCAUGCGCCCGGAUUACCAUCGUGCCAUCAUCGACACGGUGCGACACUAUGGCUGGAAGAAAAUCAUCUACCUCUACGACUCCCACGACGGUUUAUUGAGACUUCAGCAGAUUUAUCAAGGAUUGCGACCUGGAAAUGAAUCCUUUCAAGUGGAUACAGUGAAGAGGAUACAGAAUACUUCAGAAGCAUUAGAUUUUUUAAGGACGUUGGAGGAGCUCAAUCGGUGGAGCUCCAAAUACGUCGUGCUAGACUGUCCCACUGACAUGGCAAAGGACAUCGUGGUCAGUCAUGUGAGAGAUAUUGCACUUGGGAAGAGAACUUAUCAUUAUCUACUCAGUGGACUGAUAAUGGACGAGCGUUGGGAGAGCGAAGUGAUUGAGUACGGUGCCAUCAACAUCACUGGUUUUCGUCUCAUCGACAUAAGUCGACGUCCUGUCAAAGACUUCCUCGAGAACUGGCGCCGACUCGAUACAGUGAACUUUCCUGGAGCUGGACGUGACUCAAUUUCCGCGCAGGCGGCACUGAUGUAUGAUGCAGUUCUCAUGCUGGUGGAGGCCUUCAAUAAGUUCCUGAAGAAGAAGACAGAUCGGAGUAAUCCCAAGAGACCGGGUGUACCGAGUGGUGUGCAGCCAUCCAAUGUCAGUAGUCCACUCGAUUGUAACCCGAGGGAUGAUUUAGUUACACCCUGGGAAUAUGGCGACAAGAUUUCUAAAUUUCUGAGGAAGGCGGAUUUCGAGGGUCUUACUGGGCCCAUACGUUUCAACAAUGACAGUCGUAGACAUAAUUAUACACUCCAUGUUGUUGAGAUGACAGUGAACAGUGCCAUGGUCAAGGUUGCUGAGUGGACGGACGAGGCUGGCUUCCAACCCAUUACAGCUAAAUACGUACGACUGCCUACUCAGGAAAUUGAAAAAAAUAAAACGUACAUCGUGACGACGAUGCUGGAGGAGCCAUUCAUGAUGUUGAAAAAACCCGAGGUAGGAAAGAUACUAGUUGGAAAUGACAGAUUUGAGGGAUACUGCAAAGACCUUGCGGACCUGAUAGCCCAACAACUUGGAAUAAAAUACGAACUUAAGCCUGUGGAGGAUGGCAAGUACGGCUCAGAGAAUCCGGAUGUACAGGGUGGAUGGGAUGGAAUGGUUGGCGAGCUAAUCAGAAAGGAGUCCGAUCUGGCAAUAGCUUCAAUGACCAUCACUUCAGAGAGAGAACGAGUAAUUGAUUUCACAAAGCCGUUCAUGUCCCUCGGCAUCAGUAUCAUGAUAAAAAAGCCGAUAAAGCAAAAACCAGGGGUCUUCAGCUUUCUCAAUCCUCUGAGUAAAGAAAUUUGGGUGUGCGUUAUAUUCUCGUACAUCGGUGUAUCCAUUGUUCUCUUCAUUGUAUCAAGAUUUUCACCGUACGAGUGGCGAGUGAUCCAACUAAAUGGAGGUAGUGAUCCAUCAAUGGUUGGAAGAGGUGACCCGAGCCUGCAACAUCCUCAUAGCCAGCAAGCUUCACUCCAUGCCCCAGCACCCUGCAUGGCCAAUGAUUUCAGCAUGCUCAACAGUAUGUGGUUCUCAUUAGGUGCUUUUAUGCAACAGGGCUGUGAUAUUUCGCCGAGGUCCAUGUCGGGGAGAAUAGUCGGGUGUGUGUGGUGGUUCUUCACAUUAAUAAUAAUAUCUUCGUACACUGCAAAUCUCGCGGCAUUUUUGACAGUGGAGAGGAUGGUAACUCCGAUAAAUUCAGCCGAGGAUCUAGCAUCACAAACGGAAGUCCAGUAUGGAACACUCCAUCAUGGAUCCACAUGGGAUUUCUUCCGGAAAUCACAGAUCAGUCUGUACAGUAAAAUGUGGGAAUUUAUGAAUUCGAGAAAGCACGUUUUUGUCAAUACAUAUGACGAGGGGAUCAAAAGGGUGAGACAGAGUAAAGGGAAAUACGCAUUUCUGAUUGAAAGCCCGAAGAAUGAUUACAUCAAUGAGAGGGUACCCUGUGAUACCAUGAAAGUCGGUAGAAAUUUGGAUUCCAAGGGAUUUGGUAUUGCAACUCCUGUGGGAUCUCCUUUGAAGGAAAAGAUAAAUCUGUCAGUGUUGAGCUUGAAAGAGAGUGGGGAACUGACGAAACUAGUCAACAGAUGGUGGUAUGACAGGACAGAAUGUGGACACGGUGACAAGCAGGAUUCGCGAAACGAAUUGUCACUGAGCAAUGUUGCUGGAAUAUUUUACAUACUCAUAACUGGAUUACUUCUGGCACUGGCAGUGGCUCUACUUGAAUUCUGUUACAAAUCCCACACUGAAGCAUCGAGAGCAAAGAUCCCAUUAGCCGAUGCCAUGAAGGCGAAAGCUCGAUUGACAAUAUCUGGAGCUCGAGACUACGACAAUGGCCGGUACUACGCGCCGGCGAACGCGAUUGGGAAUGCGGAGGGGGAUCAGGUGCACAGCAAUACUCACACGCAGGUGUAAGUCCAUGGUACAUG